AUGCCUUCAAAUAACUCAUACCGCAUUGCCUCAAUCCCAGGCGAUGGCAUCGGCCCCGAAGUAGUCAGUGCUGCAAUCCAGGUCGUCGAGAAACUCGCAAAGACCCUCGGCACAUUCGAUAUCAACUUCGACCACAUCCCGUGGGGAACUGCAUACUACAAAGAAACCGGCAAAUACGUAUCCGCAGACUGCCUCGACACAUUACGAAAGUAUGAUGCUGGAUUAUUCGGUGCUGUUGGAGCACCAGAUGUCCCCGAUCACAUCUCUCUAUGGGGUCUUCUCCUUGCUAUCCGCGGACCGCUCCAACUGUACGCAAACGUGCGGCCUGUGAAGACCUUCCCGGGAACUAAAUGCCCGCUCAACACCGCUAAAAACGGUAUUGACUGGAUGCUUGUCCGGGAGAACUCUGAGGGCGAGUAUGCUGGGCAGGGAGGACGCUCGCAUGUCGGACUGCCAUGGGAAGCCGCGACCGAAGUUGCCAUUUUCACGCGCCAUGCCAUCGAACGCAUCAUGCGAUUUGCAUUCGAGACUGCUCAGUCGCGGCCGCGCAAGCUCUUAACCGUUGUCACAAAGAGCAAUUCUAUGCGCAAUGGUCUGGUCCUUUGGGAUGAAAUUGCUGCUUCUGUCGCAAAGGAGUUCCCCGAUGUCACUUGGGACAAGAUGCUUGUUGAUGCUAUGACGGUGCGCAUGGUUGUUAAACCUGAUUCCCUUGAUACAAUUGUCGGAACGAACCUGCACAUGGAUAUCUUGUCGGAUCUUGCUGCUGCUCUGGCGGGUUCGAUUGGUGUCGCACCUUCUAGUAACCUCGACCCCACACGCAAGAACCCUUCGCUCUUUGAACCUGUGCAUGGAAGUGCCUUCGAUAUCACUGGUAAGGGUAUUGCGAACCCGGUCGCUACUUUCUGGUCGGCGGCGGAGAUGCUUAUCUGGCUCGGCGAGAAGGAGGCAGCGGCGAAGCUCAUGAGUUGUGUGGAAUGUGUCUGCGCUGCUGGUAUUUUGACACCCGAUCUUGGCGGAACUUCUAACACCCAAGGGGUGGUAGACGCUGUCUGUGCAGAGAUUGAGAAGUUGCGCUGA